CGCGUUCCGGUCUGCAGGCCGAUCGCGCGGUCAGGAGAACUCCUCUCCCUCCCACAGCCCUGGUUUCCAGGGCAACCAGGUGCCCUCUCGAGCCAGAGCGAAAAGCUGGCUCAUCCUCUCUCUCUGGUGGCUGUUGCUAACUGGUCACGUGUUCCGUAAAACUGCGCCAUUCACGGAGAAUUGUUUAAGUUUAUCCCAGGGGAGAAUGGGGUCCGGUUGAUUGACAGCUACCUUCCGACCAAUAGGAGGACAGUAAGCAUGGUUGGAGGACCUCGCGGGAUAAGCUGGUCCUCCAUGAGAUUUGGGGCGGGGCGUGCAGAACAACACGUGACCAAACCGUUGCCGGUGAGUCUCGCGUGAUUGGCGUCUGAGCGAGUCCGGGAGGAGAGCGAGACCGGAAAGGAGGAAAAUUAGCGGAUACCGGGAGAAAAAUGGAGUCAGUCUGGACUGGAAGGUUUUAUGAACACCUGCUGUUGGCCGCCAGACAGGAAUUGAAGACUCUCUGUCCCGCGCUUGCAGCAAACGGGAAAGCGGUUGCAGGCCUCAGACACUGAUAGGCCGGAAGUUGCCGCUGCCAUCUUUAUUGUGGGCAAGGUGCAACAGCGCGCAUGCCAUUGCCUGUUCCGAGGAAAUCAACUGAGAAUAUUUUGCAGACUGGGAUCUCAAAACAAGUUUUGACAGCGGAAUGAUCAAUGGUAUUUAACUGUGGAAGAACAAAGGUUGAUUUGCAAUUAGAGAUUUCAAACGAAACACGUCCAGAUCUGAUGGUCACACUGUUUAUCAUAAUCUAAUAAUCUCAGAAUUGAAGGACGAAGCACCGUUCACACCAGGGAGAUACAUACAUCGUCUGUGCGUGGACGUGUUUGUGAAGAUUCAUCUGAAAUGUCCAAACACCAGCGCAGUCACCCUGGGGAGAGACUAUGGAAAUGCGGAGAUUGCGGGAAGGGAUUUCUUUACCCAUGCGAGCUGAAAACUCACCAACGCAGCCACACUGGGGAGAAGCCAUUCACCUGUGCUGAUUGUGGGAUGGCAUUCAGUCGAUCAUCCAAUCUGCGGAUACACCAGCGGGUUCACACUGGGGAGAGACCUUUCACCUGCUCAGUUUGUGGGAGAGCAUUCGCACAGUCAGCCAGCCUGCUGAUACACCAGCGAGUUCACACUGGGGAGAGACCAUUUACCUGUUCUCAAUGUGGGAAAGGAUUCACUCGCUGUUCGAAACUACUGGAACACCAGCGUGUUCACAAUGGAGAGAGGCCAUUCACCUGCUCUGAUUGUGGGAAGGGAUUCACUCACUCAUCUAAACUGCUGGAACACCGGGUGGUUCACACUGGAGAGAGACCAUUCACCUGCUCAGUGUGUGGGAAAGGAUUCACUCGAUCAUCCAACCUGCAGAUACACCAGCGAGUUCACACUGGGGAGAAACCGUUUAGCUGCUCCAUGUGUGGGAAGGGAUUCACUCGGUCAUCCAAACUGUUGGAACACCAGCGAGUUCACACUGGGGAGAGACCAUUUGCCUGCCCAGUGUGUGGGAAAGCAUUCACUCAGUCAUCCAGCCUGCGGAUCCACCAGCGAGUCCACACUGAAGAGAGAGCAUUCACCUGUUCUGAAUGUGGACAAGCAUUUCUUCGCUCAUCUAAACUACUGGAACACCAAGGAGUUCACACAGGGAAGAAACCAUUCACCUGUUCUGAAUGCGGCAAAGGAUUCACUCACUCAUGUAGAUUGCUGGAACACCAGCGAGUUCACACUGGAGAGAGACCAUUCACCUGUUCUGAUUGUGGGAAAGGAUUCAAAUGCUCAUCUAAUCUGCUGAUACACCAGCGAAUUCACACUGGGGAGAGACCAUUCACCUGCUUUGAUUGUGGGAAGGGAUUCACUCAUUCAUCCAGCCUGCAUAUACACCAGCGAAUUCACACUGGGGAAAGACCAUUCACCUGUUCUGAAUGUGGAAAAGGAUUUAAUCGGUCAUCUAAUCUGCUGAAACACCAGCGAAUUCACACUGGGGAGAGACCAUUCGCCUGCUCUGAAUGUGGAAAAGCAUUCAAUUGCUCGUCUAAACUGCUGAUACACCAGCGAGUGCAUACCGGAGAGAAACCAUUCACCUGCCCUGAUUGUGGGAAGGGAUUUAUCCAAUCAUCCAACCUGCUCAGACACCAGCGAGUUCACACUGGGGAGAAACCAUUCACCUGCUCCGAGUGUGGAAAAGCUUUUGCUCAGUCAACAAUCCUCCUAAUACAUCAGCGAAUUCACAUGCGAGAGAAACCAUUCACCUGCUCUGAUUGUGGGAAGGGAUUUACUCAAUCAUCCAACCUGAGGAGACACCAGCGAGUUCACGCUGGGGAGAAAAAUUCUCUCGGUCAACUCACUGGCUGAUCGGCAAGCCUGUUUACUCUAUGGAGAGGCUGUUCACUUGUUCUGUAUGUGGGAAGGGAUAUGAAACUCUUAACAUGCCAGUGAAAUGACACUGGUGGACCCCAGUAACCUGCUGUUUGUCUAAAAAGCUUUGCUGUUUGUUAACACACCAGCAAAUUCACAAAAAAACACAGGUGAAGGGUUUUGCUUUUACUCUCACCAAGGAAGAAAUCUUGGUCAUUGGGCUGUUUGUGUUGAUGUUAUUAAAUCAUCUUAUGAAAGGUGCUGCUGUUGAGGAUAAAAGUUGAUACAGUUGUGUAUCUGUAGGAUAGGUUUUGAAAAUAAUCACAAUGUGGUUGUGCAUCGACACAUUUACGCUGGGUAAAGAUUGUCCACCUGCUUUUUUUUUGUAAAGUGAUUUUGUGGUGCAUCAGGAUUGGUGAAACAAUAAUUUUCCUAGUAACUGUCAGUGUUGGAUUUUGACACUAUUGUAAUCUAUAUCCAAAUCAGGCUUUCUAGCCCUAUUUCUGAUGUUUGUCAACAGGUUAGUCACCUACUUGGAAUAAAAUUAAUGCAAA